AUGGUGAAAGCUUGGGAAGCCAGGGGGACAACCAGGGAGAAGCUCUUGAAGCAGUGGAUGUCCUCGGGCCAGGACAUCGCAACCUGUACCGUCGAGCUCAUCACUUCCGAGGAAACGGCUGAGAAAAGUUCGGUGGUUCAAGACUUCCUCACGCCGGAACAGGUGCUGCAGUACUAUUGCGGAAACGAGGACAGUUGGGAGAGGAAGGAGCUGACCAGGCAGGGCUUUGCUCCGUCACAAAGAGCCAUCCUGGAUGGCUCGCCCUCGACACCGGCGAGUACGGCGGCACCUGGGACACCGGGCGGGCCCGGCAACGCAUCGGCAGGUGUCGCCGAGACUAAGGCAGGUGUCGCCGAGACUAAGGCAGGUGUCCCCGAGCCUAAGGGCUCUGCCAAGUCGAAGGCUGCAAAGAGCAAAGCGCGGCCAGGGAACCCGGUCGCCGUGUUUGAUGUCCGGAAAGCUAAAUUAUCUCAAGUCGAGACGACGGCUUUUCCGGUGGUCGAUCGUGUCGAGACUCGGAAGAUGCUCGAAUCAGCGGUACUGGCGAAGGCCGGCCAGUACGCCAAGAUCUUGGUGCAGCUCAAGGGCCAUGAGGAUGUCAAGAACGUCCCGGCCGAUGCAGAUGAGACCACAUGGGCCAAUGCCAUGAAGGCUGCCACGCGGAUGUAUAUCUACUAUGGUUCAAAAGAGGACUUUGCCCGAGGCUGUGCUCGCUCCGUGGCGAAGGGUUCGGAUCAGCAGCAGGGGGCAUCCAGAGACCACGUGUCCACCCGGGUGAUCCUCCGGAGCCUGACAAUCCUCAGAUUGAAAAGAGCUGCCGAAAAGCUCUACAAAAGGCUUGCAAAGAAGCCUCGGGCUACUUCUGAUCUUUCCAAUGUGCCCGAGCAUCUGAAAGAUGACUGGCAUGGUUAUUCCAGGCUGGAACAUAUGGCAAGGACACCCAUGGCCAGUACUGUGCUGAAAGGUUUAAACAAGAAAGGUGCCGAUAUCAACUGGCUAUGUCGGGAUGUUUGUGGGGCGGCGGUGAAAGAGGGCUCCGAAUUCUUUCAUACUCGUGUCUUAUCCACAGUAUCCUCAGAGAGAUCAUUCCACUCCAAAUUGGCAAAAGAGCUGCCACGUGUGGACCUGGUGAGCUUGCCGGUGCAAGUUCGCAAGAAGCUGGGCCAGCAGACCUUCAGCAUGGUGAAACCAAGCCGAUGGUUUGAAUGGAUGGAGAAGGACCAGCUGCUGGAUGUCAUCAACGAGGAUCACUCCUUACGCGAUGUCGUGCGACCUGAAGGUCCACUGGACAUCUUCGUGCGAAUCCAUGGAGAUGAAGGUGCCAUUCCUGGGCACCUUCUGGUCUCUCGGGCCAAGUUUCCGAAAGCGGUGACAACAGUGGAUGCCAUCAUGAAGAUCCUGGCGACGGAUUUGCAGGGAUUGUGCCGAAGCCGACAUUUUUGA